AACAUAGUCAGUGUUAAAAAUCUAACGACUAGUGAAAAAUAGAAAAUUCGCUAAAUAAUAUAAAACUUUUUUAAACAUGGGUGUUUCAUCUCAAGUGGCUAGUGUUGCCAUCAUGCUAUUAGCAUUUAGCUUACAAGCGGCCUAUGCUGGCUACAAUGUUAGCAGCUACUGUCAACUUGUACCAACUGGCACUAAAUUUCCCAGUUUAAUCUCAUGCCAAAAGUAUUACAUCUGCAGAGACAAUGGCCAAGUAAUUGAAACCUCUUGUAGCGGUAGCGAUGUCUUUAGCAAAGAUAAACAAAAUUGUGUAUCUGCCUCUUCAGCGAAUUGUAAUAUUAAAACUCCUAAUCCAUGUGAUAAUAAUGUCGUGGGUUUUGUAUCAGAUCCUAAUGACUGUCAGAGGUGGAUUUAUUGUGAAAAGAAUGAAAUAUUAGCCAGUGGUAACUGUGCAUAUGGACAGUAUUUUAAUAAGGAUACAAAACUGUGUGCUUCCGGCGAUUGCCCAUAUAGUAGUGCACCUAUAGAGAUAGAAAAUAUAUGUCAGAUUAUGCAAGUUGGUCAAUUCUUUGGUGAUAUCGACGAUUGUGCCGCUUGGCAUGUUUGCUACGGAAACCAAGACUCAAAAGGCGUAUGCCAGAACGGAUUGAUCUACAAUGCCGAAAAACGCAUGUGUGUACCGAGUAAUGGCAAUAUGUGCGCUGGACCAACCGAAAUCUGUAAUGAAACUGAACUAGACAAAAUAAUUCCCAAUUCUGGUGUCUGCUCUAUUUACUUCGAAUGUACAGUAUCUAAUAAUAAUUAUACGUGGAAAAAAAAUUCAUGUGAAAAUGGUGAAUAUUACGAUGUGAACACAAAAAGCUGCAAAAAUCGUCAAGAGGCUACACCGGUUGAAGGCUGUGAUCGUUGUGAAUUUGUCAACACAACUUUUGUAAAUGCUGUUGAUCCCACUUGCAUGAAUUAUUUAGUAUGUAAAGAUGGAAAGGAGAUUGUUAAGGGCACGUGUGUCAGCGGCUAUUUUAACGAACAAGAACAAAUAUGUACUAAUAAUGAUACAAAUUUACCAGAUUAUAGAAAAAAUAAUGGUGCUUGUUACCUUGAAACAGCCACUACAACCGAAGAACCCUCUAAAGAAUCCACACCAGCGAAAACUGAUCCAGAGGAAAGUACACCAGCGAAAACUGAUCCAGAGGAAAGUACACCAGCAACAACUGAGCCAGAGAAAAGUACACCAGCAACAACUGAUCCAGAGAAAAGUACACCAGCAACAACUGAGCCAGAGGAAACAAAGCCAACGGAAACGGAGCCGGAGAAAACAACACCAGCAACAGCAGAGCCAGAAGAAACUAAGCCAACGGAAACAGAGCCGGAGAAAACUACACCAGCAACAACAGAGCCAGAGCGUGUUGAAACUACACUAGAUGGAAAAAACCCCGCUUUAGAUAACGGAAAAACAAAAAAGCCACCAAAAAAAAACAACAACAAAAAAGCCUAAAACAACGAAGAAGCCAAAAAAUUAAAAAUUAAUUAAAAUGUCUUCAGUCAAGCACUAAUUGUUGAAUAAAAUUACAAGUUUUUUUUUGAAAUUCGUUGAAAUAAUUCAUAAAUCCUAAUAGUAUGCAGUUUUUU